AUGUCCUUCCACAACGCCAGCGUCGCCACGCACGCCCCCCAGUCGCUGCCGCCGUUCGCGCAGGCCUUCAGCAACACAAACCUGGGCAAUAUCUCGUCGGGGGGCAACUCAUUGCCUCCGAUUCAGUCUAAUGCUAACGAAAAUAGGCGCGUCGCUUCUCCCUCAAAUCGUUCACGCCCCCCGAGCGAGGAGGCCCCUGGCAGUCGAGUAGCUGGCAAGAAACGCGCUAGGGCAGAUAUCACGUCUCCUGAGCGCGAUGACCAACUCUCCGACUCUGAGCGGCACUCGCCGCAUAUUGUUCAGAUCAAAGAAGAGCAGGAACAAGAAUCCUUGCAUGCAUCUCCGAAGGCUGGUUCUAGGCAUCCCCCGGACCCGGCGAACAUCCCUCCUCCGUCUUCGCUGCAACCGUCACCGUCGAAAAGGCGCCGAGCAGCGACCCUCAGCGGUGCACCCCAUGCGUUGAAUCUGAACACUGACUUGCGUCUACAUACUGACCAGACCAACUCCACUCCUAUCUCACCUGUUGUCAGGGGAUUCACCAUUCGUGACGACCCCGCUGCCAUCGAGCAAGUACGAUCAUCUAUUUCAAUCAGCCAGCAACAAAAGGCCCUUAUAGAGCAGCGCAGAGGCAGCGUAGCUGGAAUUCUGUCACCCGGAACGAGUCGCGGUACACCUCCACAAACGGCUGGAGAAGAGAGGACGGCGCAGAAGUCAUCAGUCCCGCAGCGAACGCGACGUAGCCCGAAUCCCGUGCUGAACGUCCCCGUCACACGCCGCGCCAUCAAUCGUCCACCUAGUCCCAACUCCAUCGUAGUACCCAGCCAACAACCGCAGCAGGCACCAGGAGUUAAUACCCUUGGUCCUCCGCCAAUCAGCUUCGCCCGUCGCCGUGCAGGCUUCCUGGGGGGCAAGAGGAAACCCGCUGACAUCGUCAUCAGUCCCCGAGAAGCACACACUCAGGAGCAGUUUGCUCCUGCUAUUCAAAGCGCGCCGCCAAUCCCUCAAGCUGGUGGACAAGCAGCAUUAUAUUCUGGGGGAUUUCCAAUGACACUCCCUCGCUUGCCAUCGGUAGCAAGCGGAGGGGAUUCUGGGCGAAAAGUUGGAAGUGGAAUAGUCCCUCCUACCCCUACGAGGCUCGCCAUGCAGCAGCGUAUGGCUUCUGGGGCGGGAGCAGCGGCACAUCCUAUCCCCGCAUUCACCGGCCGUUCACCGCCUGUACCCUCAGUUGCUAUCUCAUCUACCCUGGUACCACCCACACCCAGUGCACUGCAGUAUCCCGGAUACUCUGGUGACAAGUCAGCCUUUCUUGCUCCAUUCGAAAUGUUCUAUGACGCUCUAAAUGAUUCCAAGCAGCUGAAGAAUUGGUUGGCGGAACAACUAGCCAAAUCAAAUUCGCUGAUGCAAGGGUUAGCGCAGCAGCAGGAAAGGUUAAACGAGACCGUAGAGGCCCUCGUUGAGAGGCGCACCGGAGGCAUGAAGAGCGAGAUGGCCUCUUUGCGACGACGUGUGGAUGAGUUGGAGGACAUGUUACGGGACGGUGUACAUGAUCGUGCCGACACAGGUGACAAAGGUCUUCGCAAUGGCGCUGCUACAGAGUCGUAUGCCUUCCCUCCGGGGCCUUCUUCCGAACGCGCUCGCCCCGACGCACCAAUGCGGAACGUGGAAUCGCAAGGUUGGGGCCCGGACAAGGAGCGCGAUAGAGAUUAUCGUGAAGAAAUCGAAAGAGGGACAAACUCGCCGGCGUCUUUCGAUGCACGCCGCCAUUCUACCUCUGCGGCUCGCCUGGAUCCUCCCCGAUCUCAUCACCAGUCUGAGAUAGCACCUCCGUCGACAUCACCUCAGAUGUCGAGAUUAGCCGUCCCAUCACCUCCACAGGCCUUUCGUGAGGGUCCCGGGCGAGGGCCUUCUCCUCUUGGCAGGGUUUCUAACAGUGCCGGUCAGCGCAACUCUGGCGAACGACCUUCUCUCAAUCGACAGCCAUCUAGUUCGAGGUUGGGGUCCCAUCGCCCCACUUUCCAACAGCCGAGUACGGAACCUACCGCCGAAGGCAGACAAGGUGUCGUUGAGGGUACAAGGAAAGGCGAAAAUCGCGAUCGUCCUGAAUCAUCCAUGGACGAAACGUGA